AUGAGCUCUGGCUCUGCCCAGGAUGUGGCAGUCGAGCAUUUCCUGCGUGACAUAGAGAGGCGAGGCAAGCGGCUACAUUGCGCUGUGAUUGGCUGCGAGGAAGAGCGACCCCACAGCGACAUGAACCUGCUAUAUCGUAAGAGUCGUUUGGACUGGAGGCAGAGGGACCAAGAGGGCGGAAAAAAGAGCUCCAACCAGAACGACCCCUCAGCUACUGUUGGCAAAGCCCGCGACUUGGCAUCUUUCCGCCGACACUUCCGGAUGGGUUUCAUGACCAUGCCGGCGUCCCAAGACCUGUCCCCUCACUCCUGUGCCUCAGCUAUGGCACCGCGUUCGCAGUCCUGCCAUGCUGUAGGUGCUGGGGAUACAAGCCUGGAGAACGGGGAUUACUCCGACACCCAGUCCCAGCAUGGCGGUCGCUGCCCCCCAGCCAAACCCAAACGCCACCCCAGCACCCGACUCAGCUCCACUUCUACUGACACCAGAGGCCCUCCUGAGGCUCCACCACCUCCUCCACCCAGUCAUUCACAGGCCAAACACUCAGACAAGAAGAAUGCCAUGAAGAAGUCUGACUCGGGAGAAAUUGGAGGGAAGAAGGUGCCUCCAUUAAAGCCCAAGAGAAGCCCCAGCACCCAGCUUUCUUUUGACCCCCCACCUCCACGUGUGCCUCCUCCUGCCACAUCUCUGCCAUUCCAGGCAGCAGAGACUCAGCCUCAGAGAGGGGACGGGGAGGACGAGCCAGUCUAUAUAGAAAUGGUGGGACAGGUUUUCACCAGGGACAGCCAGACUGCCACCCCACACCCUGUCACCCCUGUGGCGACCACUCCAGACUCUGACUCAGAUCAGAGUGAAGCCAUUUAUGAGGAGAUGAAAUAUCCACUGCAGGAGGACAAAGAGUCCCAAAAACGUCCCCCUCUUAAGCAGGAGAAACUGAAAACCUCCAAACACUUCCAUUCAACCCCCUCCUCUUCAAGCAGCUCCUCCCCUCUUCCACGUCCCUCCUCCUCCUCUCCUUCCUGUUCCAAACCCAAAGCUACAGUAUCCAUCUCUCAUUCCUCUCCUCUUCCCUCCUCCACAUCAUCCACCCCUGUUCCCCAGGUGCUGUCCUCCAGUCCACACACCCCUCGAGCUCCUACACCCUACCUGCUGCCGGGGAGUAAAUCUGAGGUUGAGUCUAGCACUAAAAUCCCUGCUCCAUUUCCCAAUCUUCUACAGCACCGACCCCCACUGCUUGCCUUCCCCCAGCCAGCAGCAGCCUCCAGUGGGGUUGGGGUUCAACACAAAGCCGCUGCUUCUGCCAAACUGGGAGCUCAAACCUCCAGUGUGACAACUCAAGCGAGCACCUCCUCCUCAUCUAUUCCCUCCUCUAACCUUCCGGUGCCCCUGUCAGGUUCCAAGGAGUCGUCUGGAGGGAGCUCAUCCCAGCAGGACAAACAUAGCAGAGAGGCUCAGUUAGGCCCUGCACCUGGACUAAGAGCCAGGAGUCACUCCACACCCCUGCCUCCCUCCUCCAAAUCCACCUCCCCUUUCUCCCAUCACCACCACCACCCUCACCACCGCCCCUCGCACUAUCAUCACUACCGCAAGCCUGAGAGAGGAGACUCACCUGCUCCAGGCAAGAGCAGCUCUCAGACCUCCAGCCAGGCCACUGUGCAGACCCAAACGCAGGGCUCAGGCAAGGAGGGCAAGUCUGUUAGCUUCCUCCUAAAGUCAGACAAAGGAGACAGGGAUAGAGAUAGAGACAGGGACAGGGACAAGGAUAGGGAUAGGGACCGAGAUAGGGAGCGGGACAGGGGCAGAGACAGGGAUAGAGAGAAAGAUAGAGACAAGGAAAAAGACAAGGACAGAGAUAGAGAGAGGGACAAAGAUCGGGACAAGGAUAGGGACAGGGACCGAGACAGAGAUAGGGAUCGGGAUAGGGACAGGGAAGGAGGAUCACACUCCUCACAUGUGGAUAGUGCUACCUCCACAAGCAGUCAAACAUCUCAAAGCAGCACCAGCUCGACCCCUACACCAUUAUCUUCAUCCCAACGUCCUCAAUCUCGUCCCCAUCUCCGUUCUCACACUCCACACGGCCUGCCAGCGUAUAAGCCUCCAUCCUCAGACAGCCCUCUGCUGUGGACCUAUCCCUCUGGAGGCUUCCGGAGACCCCCAGCUUACGACAGCUUGAGAGGAAGCUCUCAGAUGCCUUCUCUGCAGCAGGCCUCAGGUCCCUCUGGUGGAGGUGAGGGGGCAUCCAAGAGUAACGGAGGCUCUGGGUCCCUCCAGGCAAAAGCUGGCUUCAUGCCCUGGGACAGCAGCGCCAGCUUAGCCUUUACAGAUGAGGGGUCUUUCUGGCCCAUGCAGAGGAAAUUGUCCUUCAGCCAUGGGAGCAGAGAGACAGAGAAGGAUGAAGGGCGAGCAUGGAACGGCAGUGCCGAUGCCCUACUAAGGAUGGACAAGGAAGAGCUCGGAAUGGGGUCUCGAGGAGGCCACUCAGGCAUCCCAGUCCACUUCAGCAGUGCCAGUGGCAGGGGCCUCGGUCACAGUGAGUCCCUUGCUGGUGUGGACAGCAGUCCAGGGUUCAGAGCCCUGCCCAGAGUAGGACUCCCUCUGCCCUGCCAAACCUUCCCUGCUUGUCGCAAUGGAGAAGUGGGGCGGCUGGGCCGCUCCUCCUCUACCUCUGGAGUAAGGCAGGUGGGUGGAGGAGACGUCCAGAGACAGAGCAGUCUACCAGCACGGGAAGCCCUGAAUCAGUUGCACGGUCUGCCCCAGCCCCGAGCGCCCUGCAGUCCCACUGUGUCCCGGCAGCAGCAGCAGCUCCAGCUCCACCAGCAGCAGCUGCAGUUAAAGCAGCAGCUCCAGCAGCUUCAGCAACAGCACCACCUCCAGCUGCAGUUCCAGCACCUCGCCCAGCUGGCACAGGGACAGCCUCCCAUCAGCGGGGGCACCACCCCAUCCACAGCACAGACCCAGAGAGACGGCAAACUGCUAGAAGUCAUUGAGCGUAAACGCUGCUUGUGCAAAGAGAUCAAGGCCCACAGGCGCCCUGACAAAAGCCUGUGCAAGCAGGACAGUAUGCCCAUCCUCCCUAGCUGGAGACGGACACCUGAGCCCCGUAAGACUGGCACGCCACCCUGCCAGAGGCCCCAGGCUGUGGUGUGGGACACGGCUAUCUGAGGUGGGAAGGCAGGCCAGACAGUAAAGCUGGGAAAGGAGAAAAAAACACACUGAUUAGUGGAGGAAGACAGUGGAACAAUUAACAAGAGGAGAGAGUGAAAAUGCAUAAGAUAGAUGGAGAAUUCUUCUUUUAAGAAGAAGUGACGAUUGAACUACCACAGAAGAAGAGGAUGCCGUUGAGAAAAAAAGAGAGAUUUGCUUGCACUCUUUUGGUACGAUAAACUUGAGCUGACCUAAGGACAGUACUGAAAGUUAGACUUUGAGACUAUAAAUUUGUUUAGGCAAAAAAAAAAAAAAAAAAGAAAUGAAUGAUCGUAAAAAAGGAGUUACAAUCAGACUAAAUUAGUUUCUUACCAAGUUAAUUUGUAAUUUGCCCUGUAUGUCCUUCUUGACGUGUUCUAAUUGCCAACAAUUUCAAUAUUUAUUGCCUCAAAUGAAGACACCAGUUUAACAACAAGUCUGACGCAUUUUGAGAUUGAUGUUGCCAAAUUCCUGACUACUCCAGGCUUAAAGGAAUCAUAUUGUCUCUCUAACACAUGGAGGGAAAGUGGGAAGGGGACACACACACACCAGUAAAUGGCACACUGGACAGCUGUCUUACCCACUUAGAAACAAAUCACUGCUAUGGAUCAGAAAAAGGCAAACUCAUUGAUAAGAUAUUGAAGUGUUUCUUGAAUUUGUGAAUGCAUAUGAGAUGUCUUGGUAUCAAUAGAUUGUCAUUGUGGAUGCAAAUAAUCAUCACUGAGGAGUAAAAGCUACCUAACUGUUUGCAUAUUUGUAAUGUACAUAUAUUUACUUUCUCAACGUUUCUGCAAUUUUAUAGCAAUAUGCCCCUGACGUUGGAGCAACAUAAUUAAAACUUGUGUCAACUAGCCUAACAUAUCUAAGACUUGAAGAAGUCAUAUUUACUGUGUCAUUCUCUGCAUGUCACAAUAGACAUACAGUAUUGUAAAAAUAUGUGUAGAGAUGAUCAUGUCAGAAUUUUACAUACCGCAGAUCUUGACUAUGAUAAUGAUAUCACGUGGUUGUACAAAAAGAUGAAUAUGUUGCUUAGGGUAUCACUAGAAAAAAGGUUGUACAACAGAGGGCACAUCCUGUGCAGUCCAGCCAAAUAUAGAUAACAGAUUAAUUGUACAAAACUGUCAUCACUCAUGCUUAUUCAGAGUUGCACAUUAGUGAUUGUUUCACCCCACAAAAAAAACAACAAAAAACAAAAAACAAGCACUGACACGCAUCAACACAGACUGUAGAAAAUGGUGCAACUGAUAGGACUGUGAAUAUGGAUCACCUCAAACAAUGCUGGAACAAUCUGCACAAAACAUGGUAUACGCUUAGGAGAAAUUAAACCCUAUUGUACUGUAAAUAGAUAUGUACAACUGUAUUGAAAAUGUAGCAAUUAUUUCCAUUUUCAUACUUGUAAUCAAUACAUAUUAUGUAGCAUAUACUGUAUAAACAUAACUUUGUUCACUUGUUUUUUCUAAAAGAAUUAAGUACUUUAUCUGCUGCAGCCAGUCCAUGCAUUACUUAUAGUUCUACGACUAAACAGUAAGCCCUCAAAACAAAGGCACAGUCCAGCAGUUGUCUAUUCAAGUUUAUGCAAGACUCCCUUUAAGCAGUAUUAUUGUUUUAUUUAUGCCUUUUUCUACAUUCAUUUUUAUUUGUGUACAGAUUUCCACUGCUCAUUGUCUCGAUAUUUUGACUACUUUGCUGCUAUCUUGAACUACUGGUGUUGUUCAUUCAACUACAUGGUGUUACCACGAGUAACAUGAUUAAUAUAGUGGUUAUUGUUACAUAUUUGUUUUAUUUCUGAAAGCCACGUGAAAUGAAGUUUGUACCUUGAAGAGUGAACCCCUCCGUAAUAGUAUUAAGGCACUUGAAUGUCUCUUGGUUGUUGUUGUUUUGAUAGUUAGCACCAAACUGUACAGUUACACCCAGUGAAAAAGAAAAGUAUCUAAAUGUUUGGGUUAAUGUAACAAAGUCACUGCUUUGCCUUUUUUUUUUUUUUUUAACUCCACUUGUUUGUGUUUGAGGGUCCAGGUUGUUAACCUUAUUAAAUCCAUUUUCAAACAAAACAGAGGCAGGACCGGGUUGAGGGAUAUGGGCAAGUGCAAUGCAUGCAGAGAUUCCUUACACUGAAAAUGUUCAAAUUAUAUUGACUAUUGUGCCCAAUUUAAUUUCAGAUACCAAGUAAUCACCUUAUUAUGAUGGGUUUUCUUUUCCAAUGAUUGAUAUUGAACCUUAGGCAUCAUUUCCAAAAUAGUUUACAGAAGCUGUUGGUUUUGUGUGUCUACUGAAACAGUGGCCAUUAUAUGAGUGCCAUACUAUAUUGAUAUGGUAAGAUACGGUGUACCUUGGAAAUCACUGUAGUGCUAUAU